CUGUAUUCUCUAUCUUGUGGAUUGCUGUUACGAACUCAGUAACAUAAAACCUCUACAUUUAAGUACAGUUCCUGAGUCUCCUUUCUCAUUCAUACACAGAAACAGAUCAAGACGCUGAGCGAGAGGUUAAACCAAAAUCAGAUAUCUACGUGGACUACAUUGUAGGACUAUAACCAAUGUCCACAGAAGACCGAGAGGCCCAGGAGGAUGAACUAUUAGCCCUGGCUAGUAUAUACUCUGAGGAUGAAUAUAAAAGGGCAGAUGCGGCUCCUGGAGGGGAAAUUCAUUUGUGUCUGGAGUUACCUUCAGAUUUUGUAAUAUCUAUAAAAAGCAACAGUGCGACAAACUCCUCUGCAAAAAACUUUAAGAACAGCGUGUCUUUUCUACCACCAAUUGUGUUGAACUUUGAACUUCCCCCAGGUUAUCCAUCCACUACACCCCCGAAAUAUAUGCUAAGCUGCAAGUGGCUUUCUCUGGCACAGCUUACUCUGUUAUGCCAGCAUUUAGAUGACCUAUGGGAAGAGAACAAGGGAUCUGUUGUCUUGUUUUCAUGGAUUCAGUUUCUUAAGGAGGAGACACUCGAUUACUUGAAUAUAAAAUCUCCAUAUGAAAUUGAGGUGUCCAGCAAUGGUUUACAGGACUGGAGUCAAUCCCCUGAAAAGACCCCUGAUGAUGGAGCCUUACUGGAAAGGGGAUCAUUGGAUAUACGGGCUAUACAGGACGUACAGUCAGCAUCUGACCUAGGCAAAUACUUAUUGGACUUCAAUGAAGCCCAACAGAAGAAGGCUUUUGAUAGGAAACCAUUUUUGUGCAAUAUCUGUUUUAUGGAGAGGUUUGGCAGUGAGUGCACCCACUUUAAGGCAUGUGAGCAUGUAUACUGUAACACCUGUCUCAGAGGCUACUUUCAAGUACAGAUUAAGGAAGGACAAGUCCAUGCCCUGAACUGCCCUGAACCUGAAUGCACAUCUGUAGCAACACCUGCUCAGGUAAAGGAUCUGGUAGGGGAGCAGCUUUUUAGCCGUUAUGAUGACCUCCUCCUACAGUCAAGCCUGGAUUUAAUGGCUGAUGUUGUCUACUGUCCACGUCUAAGCUGUCAGGCACCAGUCAUUCAAGAACCAGAGGGUGCAAUGGGCAUGUGCUCAGUCUGCCAAUAUGCUUUCUGUGUCCAUUGCAAAAUGACCUUUCAUGGAAUCUCCCCUUGCAAAGUACUUGAAGAAAAAUAUGUUGAACUGAGUGAUGAGGAUGAAGAGGAGGGAAUGAGAACACUGGAAAAGGCAAUUCAUAAGAAAUGGAAUCUGGAGUGGGUCGAGGAAAACACCAAGCCCUGUCCUGGCUGUAAAGCUCCUAUUGAGAAAAAUGAUGGUUGUAACAAAAUGACCUGUUCUAAGUGUAAACAGUUCUUCUGCUGGCUCUGUUUGAAGAUUUUGUCUUUGCCUGACCCAUAUGAACAUUUUCAACUUUCCGAUUGUCGAUGAUUUUAGGAUAUUUUUAUAAAGGCGGAGAAGAUGGAUUUGUGGCUAUGUGGUGCCCAGCAGAAGAAGCACACAAUAAUUCUCAUGAUCCCAGACCCUUUGGCCAGUUCCACACAGUAGUUUUGUCAUAGUUUAAAAGUCACAGUUUUUAAGCACAAGAACCAACAGCAUCAUAAGCACUUACUAACACAGAAAGGCUGAGGCUCCCUUAGAGCUUUAAUGUUUUAUUGGUGAAAAAGGAUCUUUAUUUGGAAUGUUGCCAGGAUCUCUAUUUUGUACACAGAAUCACUUAUGGUUGUGUUGUCAGCAGAAUUUCCAUAGGUAAAUCCAUAGUUGUAAAUUCCCAUAAAAUCAGGCUCGGAAUGGCCUACAGGGGCACAGGUGAGUCCUCAGGUGGGCCCCUGGGCUAGAAUGGGUCCCCUAUUGUGUCUAGUUUGACAGCCUCCACAGAGUCUGCUGAAAAACAUCUUAGUCUCUGCACUUUUCCAGUAUCCUACAGCUAUACAAACUUCCUAUCCAUACUGCCUCUCAAACAGUGUGCCCCCACAGUAGUUAACCUUUAAUAGUGCUCCUACACAGUAGUUACCCUCUAAUUGUGCUCCCAUACUGUAGGGACUACAAUAAUAGUGCCCCCACACAGUAUCUAGCCUCCCUAAUAGUGCCUACACACAGUAGUUACCCCUAUGUAGUCCCCCACACAGUACUUAGAUCCCUAUAUAGUUCUGCCCACAAUGGAGAGUCCCAAUAUAGUUCUCCAUACAAUGGCUGUCCCCCUAAAAACGUCCCCCUCUGCACAAUAGAAAAAAAAUAAAAACAUCUCUUUCUCCUGGACCCACCCAGUGCAGGCAGUAUGAUGACAUCCUGGCCUGGCUUUUGCCAGUGCCAAAUGUGUAUCUCCUACUUUUAAAAGCAAAGUGUACAUCACAGCAACACUAGUAGGCAAGGAACAAAAAGCUACAUGGAGCUUCAUUGAUCACCAAGAAACAAAACACUUUGGUUGGGGCCUAGCACUGUGAGUACUGCAAACAUAUUUGGGAUCUCCUAGACACCAAAGGCAUGUGCCUUUCAGAGUGUCCUGUCAGAAAAGCCACAGCAGAGUGAGUAAAGUGCACCUUGCAUCGCCUGUGAAGAUCCUCCUCUAGCAGUCUCAGAAAUAUUGGACUUAGAUCUUUAGAACCAAAGACAUAUACACCUGUAUUAGUCAUUACACGUACAUGUGCUAAAAAAAACACCUAAAAGUUUCUAAAGUCUGUAAAGCUGCUAUAAAAACCCUAUUAAAGGGACAAAAAAAUGUAACACUCCACAGUAUAUCAAAGUAACUGCAUUAUAUUGAAAUUGCACCAGAAAUUUGAGUAAAGUUUACAAGUUUUUUAAUGGAAUCCUAGUGUCCAGAGGUUUUUUCCUGCAUUUUAUUUUUAUGGGGACAGGUUCAUUGACAAAAGAUGGGGGUUGGAUCACAAGGGAACACCAGAGUAGUUGCACCUUUCUGCUACAUGACAUAAACCCUGCUAUACCAAGCAUAACCCUCAUCAUCAGUUCUAUUGAUUUCUACUGACUCGCUACCAUAUAUGUCUGUACACACACGUGCACGAUAUAUAUACUGUACAUGCAUGCAUGAUAUAUACUGUACAUGAAUAGGAGUUGCUAAACAGGGAGGCCAGCCCAACAGAUAUUGUGUGUGGAGUGGACCCCUAUGAUUUUAGCUAGGUAAAAAGAACAGGCUGCCGGACCACUGGGUCGUUUCUCCUAUGGGUACAAGUGUUGCACCGGUAGUGGUCAAUACCCAGUGACACGCCAUGAGUUCUUCUGUUUUGUUGCAUGUGUUAUAUGCUGUAAAGUACCUCUCCACCUUUUCUGACACUGUUUAUUUUGAGCUAAAUAAAGUCAAGAUUGAAGUUGUAUACCUGUGAAGCCUCUGAAGGUUCAUUCACAACCAUGCACCAUACGCAAAGAUCCCAACACUCUGUACUUCCACUUCUUUAUAUGAAAGCAUAGAGAGAUUUUUUUCAGAUCCUUGUGCAAAGGAUCAGUAGGGUCACAUGUGCCAUGUUUUGCCACAUAUUGCUGCUGCA